AUGGAUUUUAAACCGAAGAAAUCAAUAUUACACUUAUCAAAUGAAUGCAGUGAACUUGGGAUACAAAAUAUUAAUUUAGGAAAAGGUGAUAUGGAAAAAAUUCUAGAAAUCAUAAGAGAAUGGAUUGAAAAACAGCCACACUUCAGAAGCAAAAAUUUCAGCACAAACUAUCUUAAAAUGAGCAUUCUUGGGGCGAAAGGAUCAAUAGAGCGAGUCAAAACUUUAUUAGACAAAUCUUGCACUUUGAGAACUUUGCUACCACAUUAUUUUCAAUUUUCGGAUAGGAAAAGUGAUUUAAAAGAACUGUUUGAGAUCGUGACCCCUGUUAUUUUACCCAACUAUUCAAAAGACAAUGCAAGAAUAUUCAUAAUGAAAUUCUGGAGUGAUAUUAAGAAAUCAUCACAAAUAACUGAACUGCACAAAAAUUCAAUCAGAAUGAUUGAAUAUAUUAUGCAAGUAGACAAUAUAUCUGCUAUGCAUAUGUGUGUAGAUCUUUUGAAUAUUAAUGUAUUCGAUCUAGUAUCCAAACAAAAUCCAUUUGAACUGAAGGAUGUUGCUACAAUAACUAUGGGAGCAUAUGGAACGAGAGUAAAAGGUGUACAUUGUAUAACAACAUCAAAGUAUGUGGACGCUUUUGUUGCUCUUUUAAAGCAAGUGCUCUCGCCGAAGUUAAUAAGCCGGAUACACGUGUAUAGAACUUGGAGUGAACUUUACGAUGUCCUUGGUAAAGAUGUCAUUCCAAUUGAGUUUGGUGGAAAUGAGAAAUCUAUUAGAGAAAUUCACGAUGACUGGCAAAAUGAACUGUAUUCUGAGGAAUUCAAGAAGCAUCUAGAAGAAAGAAGUAAAAUGUGCACUGAUGAAUCUCUACGGCCAAAGGAUAGGUUUAAUGAUGAAUACGCCGGAAUGCCGGGUUCAUUUAGAGCUUUAAGUGUUGAUUAA